UAAGAAGCAGUAGUGUUUUCCCGCCAUGGAGACGGAAGACUCGUCGUCGGAGAACGGCCUCCUUCACCGGAAACAAGCUCUAUACUCUUCCCUGGACUCAUGCUUUGUGAUUCAGAAGGAGAUGUACAGAGGUCAACAAUACAGCCAAAUAUACUUUGCUAGGCUUCACUUGAUGAGAACUCUUCUUUACUCUCUACUCCCCAAUUGGAAACCCCACAUUCAGGUCUGCACUGUUAUCGGAUUAGAAGAAGGCAAGGAAUGCAUCAUUGUUGGGACUCUCUACAAGCACAUGAAGCUGAAACCUUCCAUUCUUGAAGAGUACUCCAAAGAGAGAUCUGCAACCCCACUUGUAAGACCUCACAAUUUUAUGCACCCAGAUGAUCAUUUAAUUUUGGAAGAUGAGAGCGGCAGAAUUAAAGUUUGCGGAGAUGUUCUUUUACCUUCUGUUUAUGUGACAGGUGUCGUGGUUGCAUUGCAUGGAAAAGAAACUGGUACAGGCGACUUUUGGGUUGAAGAUGUCAUGGAAGGAGGCCUACCACACCAAAUAGAGCGGCCAAUUAAAUCAGGUGAAGACAAAUAUGUCAUUUUUGUUUCGGGCUUGGAUAUUGGGAGCAGCACUUCUAAUCCUCUAAAAUUCCAGCUUUUGGUUGAUCACAUAACUGGCCAUCUUGGAGAUAAAAAGGAACAAAGUAUUGCUGCCAAGAUAGUUCGAGUAAUUAUUGCUGGAAAUUCUGUUGAAAUCCCCCGUGGGCUACUUAAUGGUCAGAACUUAGGUUCUAAGGAUCAAUUUACAUUGUCUGAGCCAAUUAAAGAGCUGGAUAUUCAGUUGACUCAGAUUGCUGCAGGUAUACCAGUUGAUAUUAUGCCAGGGCCAAAUGACCCUGCCAAUUUCUCCUUGCCACAGCAGCCUUUGCAUAGAUGCCUUUUUCCUAGCUCAUCAGCUUACAACACAUUCAGGUCCUGUCCUAAUCCUCAUUUGUUUCAGCUUGACGAUGUUAGUUUGCUUGGAACAUCAGGUCAGAACAUUGAUGAUCUCGAGAAGUAUUCAGAUGCAAAUGAUAAACUUGAAUUUUUGGAGAGGACACUGAGAUGGAGACAUGUUGCACCAACGGCACCAAAUACCCUUGGAUGUUAUCCUUUUACUGACAGGGAUCCUUUUUUCGUUGAGACCUGUCCACACGUUUAUUUUGUUGGUAAUCAAGAGAAAUAUGAGACUCGCUUGAUCAAGGGAGCAGAGGGACAAAUAGUGAGACUAAUCUGUAUUCCCAGAUUUAGUGAAACUGGAGUUGCUGUGGUGUUGAACUUGAGAAAUCUGGAUUGUCAUGCUCUCAGUUUUGGGACUGAGUUUAGCUAAUAAUUACGAGGUACGAGUUGGCACUGCUUGGAAGCUGAAGAUCUUCUAAGUUUACCUUCAAGUGUUGCUUGUGAUAAUCAGUAUGUUGUUUGCUUACUGAAAGGGAUACCUGUGAUUUUCUUGCAA